AUGGCCCUCUAUGUCCGACUCCCGAUUCACAAUGAGACGGUCGAACAGAGGUUCCCGCGAACACAGACAUCGGUCGAGCAGAGACUCCCGAUUCAUAGCGAGGCGGUCGAACAGGGGUUUCCGCACACACAGACAUCGGUCGAGCAGGGGCUCCCGAUUCAUAACGACGCGGUCAAGCAGGGGCUCCCGCACACACGGACUUCGGUCGAGCAGGGGUUCCCGAGUUCUACCGAGGCGGUCGAGCAGGGGCUCCCGCAUACACACACAACGGCCGAGCAGAGGCUCCCGAUUCCAACCGAGGCGGUCGAGCAGGGGCUCCCGUACACUACAUCUGAGGCGGUCGACGACGAGCUCCCGCCUCUUAUUGACGAGAAUGCACGGACUGUGGACGUAAGUGUGAACAACAUGGUGGUGACUGAGCCACCACGUCUAGCGGGGGGUAUGUCAUCCUCCAGUGAAAGCGAUGUGCCAGUCUUGAGAAACGGCUCGAGACGCAAGAAACAGCGUAAACACUAG